GACUGACCGUAAUGAACGGUGGGAAUUGAACAGAAUUUUAACCAUCUGUCAAUGUCGACUUUAAACCUACACACACGCACAUACUUUCGCAUUUUUCGGCUGUUCUGUGAUUUUGUGAAUAACUUUUUCUAGAUUGUUACUGAUUACUUCAGUAAAAUUGGACCGAUUGUUUCACUCUUCCGCAGACAAUAAGAAUAUCUUACCAUGGACAACACCGGCGAUCGAAUAGAAAAGCUGUACAAGAACUACGAAAUCUUGAGUGACGCUAAGGAAAAAAUCGGCGAGCACGAAGCCGAAUAUAAGGAAAUUUUGGAUGCUGUGAAGGGUUCAGCGAAGGAAAAGCGUCUUGCGUCCCAGUUCAUUGGGAAAUUUUUCAAGCAUUUUCCCAGCUUGGCGGAUCUCGCCAUUGAAAGUCAGCUGGAUCUGUGUGAGGAUGAGGAUACACAGAUAAGACGACAGGCUAUUAAGGAUUUGCCGCAGUUGUGCCGUGAUACAACGGAGCAUACGCCUAGAAUCGGUGACAUUUUGGCACAAUUGCUCAUCACCGAAGAUUCUGCUGAGUUACUGCAGGUUCAUCAGUCGUUGCUUACACUGGCAAAGUACGAUGCGGUUGGUACGCUGACUGGAAUUUUCAGUCAAAUCGUAGGCGGCGAGGAGACGACCCGUUUUCGCAGCUUUCAAUUUAUUAACAACAAAAUCAUGAAACUGGAGCCUCAAAUUUUGACGAAACUGGUGGAAGACUUUAUUAUUGCUGAGGUUAAAAAGAUUACACUGGACGUAAGCUCGGACGAGUUUCACCUAUGCAUGUCCAUCCUGAAUCAGACGAAGCUCAGCAAAACUCUUCCCGGACACGUGGAGCUGGUGACGCUCGCUGCCGAACAAGCAGAUCUGGAAAGCGAUCCCGGUGCGCUUGCAGCUGACGACGAAACUGUGGAACGUUUUAUUCAGUGUUCGACUGAGGCCAUGCCAUACUUUUCGUCACAGGUGGAAUCGACUCUGUUUGUGAAGUUCAUGUGUGAGAAGUUUUUGCGACCAAGCAUAUGGUGUUUGAUCGGUCCUGCCGAUGAUCAGCAGCAGACGCAGCAGCGUUUGUUGAAAGUGUUUGCAGAAAUGACCGCGUUCUGCGGUACAUUGGAGAAAGCCUCCGAGAAAGUUGAAGCUAUUUACGAGGUGUUGCUGGAGUACAUGCCAUUGCCGCCGCUCGAUGCCGAUUUGAACGAGACGCCUUCGUUCCAUUUUUCGCAUGCCGAAUGUCUGCUUUAUGCGUUGCACACCCUGGGUAAACAAGCAGCGGAUUUUCUCACGUUUCCUGAUAAUCCAGCAAAGCUGAAAGAUUUCCGGUCUCGUUUACAGUAUUUGGCGCGAGGUACACAAGGGUACAUCAAGAAGCUUCAGGAGGCUGUCAAGGGUAAAAGUGCAGAAGAGAUGAAAUCUGAAGAGAACCAAAUCAAAGUGACUGCAUUAAAAACCACUUCUAACAUCAGUACUUUGAUUCGUGAUCUAUUUCAUUCGCCACCAAGCUUCAAAUCAGUCGUACAGUUGUCCUGGGUUGUACCAAAAGGGAAGAAAGCGCAGCAACAACAACAACAACGACUAGAGCAGAAGCAGGAAGAUGCUACCAAAGCCGGAAAUAAACGUCACGCAACGAUCACGUUCGAUGGCAAUGGUAAAGCGGCAUCCGAUACCAAAGGGCCAAAGCAUGGAAAACCAGCCCCAGGUUCGCAGAAAAUGUAUACCCCACCGUCGGGUAAAUAUUCUGCAAAGUUGCAUCGAAAUGGUGGUGGUCGACGUUCGAGCGGCGGUGGUGGUGGUGGUGGUGGCGGCGGCGGUGGCAAUUUUCGUCGCGGCAGUUUCGGAGGAAAUGGUGGUGGCGGUGGCGGUGGCCGCAACAGUGGAGGAAAAAGGAAGUAUUAAAUUUUGACAGUGUAUGGUUUGAAAAGGGCACGAAGGCGCAGAGUACACAAUUGUAACCUGCUGGGAUUUUUGCUCUCCGGUAAUCUUUGACGAUUGCUUGCGAUGGUGUUUCAUCACCUCCUCUUGACAUUUUUCCCUCCCUAUUAACUACAUUUUUAUCAUAGCGAUUUGCAAAUAUUGUCCGCAUAAAGACAAAUACUCAGAGUAUUACAUGGUUUAUAUUCGAACAGGUGUUUCUAUCACCUUUUAGGAUGCUAUGUCUAUGAUAAUUCAGAUAAACAUAAGCAGUUCGAAUGAAUGCAGGAUUUCUGUAACGUUGCUGGCAAAAGCAACAGUUGCAGUUUUGUUCACCUGGUUGCUGUUUAGCUACGGGUUAGUUCAAAUCACACGUUACAUUAUCCUAGACAGGCCAAAAUCCCAGAUACUUGUCAAGGUAUGAUGCUAGUUCCUUCGUUUUAAAACCCUUCCCGGGACAUUCUUUGAUAAUGUGGUGGACACAUACGAAGCAAAUAUGUCUUCGACUCACUGAUCGGACCCAAUACCACCGACGACGACGACGAUGGAACGACGAAAAGUAACGAUGAGCAACAAACAGUGCAGCAACAACAACGCAUCAGAAGAAUGACAGACAUUAAUAAGCAAUAUUGCUAUUCCAACAGUUCCAACAGUUCGUCUACAACAUCAACGCUACUACUCUGUGUGUCCCACAGCAACUUUCAUAACCAUUCAAUUCCGCCCUGUUACAAACUUGCGGCGUGAAAAAACCAAAAAGUCGUUAUGGUUUAGGUGUCUUAAACACAUUCAGAUUCAAUGGUCUGCACCCUAACACGUUCGAUUGUACUCUCGCUUUCGUGUUCUUUGAUGGUAAACCAUACCUGGUCACAAUUUCGUCGCAUCAUCCAGAGAUACACCAUCGAUAGACAACCACCAUGCACCACAUGAAGCAAUUCUCUUCCAGCGUGUAAGUCUGUUCAAUCGUAAUGGAGCCGAUUGGUUGGUAUGGUGCUUAAAUGACAAUGUGCAGAAAGUAAUAUCCCUGUCUAGCAUUGCAUGGACUUUUCCUGCCCUUUUGCUCCAUAUUUGGGUUGCGCCAUUGCGUUCUUGACGGUAAAUGGUUGUGACCGAAAUGGAUAGAAAUCGCGCGAAAUGGUAUUUAUAACUACACAUUUAACUUAGAGAUAAGCAAUAUUUUUAAUCCAUCGCGCGCUUUCUCUAUAUGGAUUUUUUUUUCUUUCACUGAUCGAAAAAUGUUUUCAAUUUGUUUUUUUUUUCUUCUUCUGUAAAGCACAACUUGAUAUAAAGCGUACGUAAACUGCGUAUACAAAUUUUGUGUGGAAUUUUGAACUGAUCAUGCAGUUUGUUGCUGUUUAGUUGAAUUACUGUACGGUGUUUUUGCGAAUUACAAAAACCAAAAUGAACUCACCCAUCAACUACGGAUUUACGGUGUUCGUUGUGAUGGUAGUAAUACGCCGUUUGCAGUCAUUCGUUUGCUAAUACGAGACUGUGUUUGGCGUUACUUAUAUAGAUUCUCAUGCCACAAUAUACCGUCGCAAAGACGGAAUGAAUGCAGCAGCUCUGCAAUUCUUGUAGCGUUGCCCCUCUAGUGGAGCUAACUGAACGAUAGUGUUCUUAUAUAAACAUUAAAUACACACGAUCCCCCAUCUACACUUGGUUCGAUUUUCUCAUAAAUAAACACUUCGUGGUAUAAUAUACAAA